CGCGAAUUCGUCCUCACGGCAUAUCAUUAAAGAACGUGGGAUUUCGUCAACUGCUUUUCGACUCGAGAUGUCAUCAUCAUACGUUUCACUAGCAAACCCGACUUCCACUGCGAUCGGUAACCACACAAACAUGGCAUUCCGCGUCUCAUACUGGGUGAUCCCCAUAUUCUCAGGCCUCUCCUGGCUCGUCACCCUGCUCGCCCUCCUCCUGUACUGGAUCGUUGCAACCUCCUCGACGCACUACUCCUCCAUGAGCCCCGAGCAGACCAUCGCAUUCAUCUCGGACGUCGGCGCGUCGACCCUCAAGCCGCUCUUCGUGACGGGCUGCAUCCUCACCAGCGUCCUCCUCGACGCCUCGUUCCUCUGCGACUGGUUUCUGAGGCGCAGGGGCCGGCUCCUGCCCAACGAGACGCGCACGGAGCGCGUGCUGUCCGGCCUCACCGUCGCCUUCGCGGUGGUCGGCAUGGUCGGGCUGUGCUGCCUCGCCGGGUUCGACACGGCCAGGUUUCCCAGGCUGCACCUGGUCUUUUUGUUCUUUUUCAUCGUCGGGUAUCUGAUUUCUGCCGUGUGCAUCUGCGCGCAAUACCGGCGGCUGGGGAAGCGGUACCUUGAAAACCCACUCCUCCGGACGUCCUACCGCAUCAAGCUCGCCUUCGUGGUCGUCGAGUUCCUCCUCGCGGUCACGUUCGUCGCGCUGCUGGUCCGCGGCGGCGAGUACUACAACCGCGCUGCGGUCGUGGAGUGGGUCCUCGCGCUCGUCUUCUCGUUCUACGCCUUCUCCUUCGCGAUCGACCUGUACCCGGCGGCCGAGACCUCGACGCGUCGGCAGCAGCGGCAGAGUGUGACGGACAAGAAUGGGGUGGCAGAGCCGGAAUAUACUGUGGCCGGCGGGGCAGAGCUGGGCCGGGCCGACGAGGAGAUGGCGAUGCGGUCUGCGAGGGUUGGCGGGGAGGAUGGUACCAGGCUGCUUUGA